AUGAAAGGAAAGUCAAAACAAUUGGAAUCUGCGUCAGUGGCGAAUGGAUCCCCUCAAAGUCCCGAAAUAACUGCAGAAAAACUGAUAAAACAGCCAUGGUACUUUUGGGAAGAGAAAGAUAGAUGUAACGUCUUUCUACGUCACUACUUGUCAAAUGUUUUGAGGCAUACCAUCCAGCUACGUCUGUUUCGCAAGUAUAUUCAGGAGGAAUUCAAUAAAAAGAGGUCGAGAAAGGGCGCAUCGGUUAGAAGGGCAUAUAGAUACUCAAAAAAUGAUGCAAACAAGCUUGUAGAAUCUCUGAACGGCUUUGAUUUGGAGCAGCUGUGGACCAUCUUGGAUAAGAAUACAUCUACAGAAACAUCUUCUCUUCAGAAGAGGCUCGACCAUAUUCUCCAGGCUGAUUUGUCCAAGAUUCUCAAAAAUGAUACGGAUGUUACUGAGGAUAUCCCAGAAGAGCCUAGUUCAUCCUAUAGCUCAGAGUCACAAGAGAACCAAGAUAGCGAAAGCGACAGUGACAGCGACGUAGAAGAUGAAGAACAACCAAAAGAGACUGUAGGGGAAGAUGAAUUCUUUAAUAUGGAGGAAAUGGAAGCUUUCGCAGACAAAGAUUUUGAAUCGGAUGGAGAAGGUAUAAACUAUUUUGAUUCACUUGGUGAAGAGUCGGACUCAUCUGUAGCAGCUGCAGACAUGAAGUAUACUGACUUUUUUAAGGACACAAUGGAAGAUUCAGAUGGUCCUGAAGAUGAAAUAAAGCCUCUCUCAUGUGAUAGCAAUUUAGACUUGUUGGACGAUGAUGAGAAGGAAAUGGAGCUGCUUCUUCAGCGUGUGGAAGAUGACGGUGUAACCGAUGAUGAAGAUGAUAAAGACGAAUACAGGGAUGAUCUUGGAAACGAUGAUUUUGAAGAAGCUAAAUUUGGGGAGGAGGUAUACAGAGAUGAUUUGGACGAGGAUAUGAUGGAGGAAGUGGAUCAACAUUCUGAGAUUUCCAAAAUAGAGAAUGAGCUUGCUGCCCCCAAGCAUUGGAGUUUAAUGGGAGAAAGUAUAGCCACAAAAAGACCCAGAAACAGCUUGUUGGACCUUGAUUUAGAACUACCACAAAUGUCUUCGACAGUUUAUGAGAAGGAAAAAAUGGAGGAGCAAAUAGGAAAUGGAGUGGAUCCUGAGGAGCCAUUGCCGUUGGAAUUGAUCAUAGUGCAAAGAAUAAAGUCUGGAAUAUUUGAUAAUGUUGAAAGAAAGACAGCUGUGGAAGAUCAGUUGGAGGCCAUAGAGCGCUUGAAGAAGAAUAACAAUGUUGAUAUAGAUUUCACCAAAAGUUCUGUGGGUCUCGGUGAUAUUUACGCCCAGAAAUAUAAGGAACAAUUUUUGGCCAUAGACAAACUGGAUUCACACAAGAAGGCACUUACUGAGCAAUUUGCAAAACUAAUGUACAAACUGGAUAGUUUGACAAACUCUAGUUUUGUACCAAAGAGAAUUAGUGAAUCUGAAAAGGCAGCUGAAGUGCCUACAAUAGCAAUAGAAACACCAUUAAAUGUAGUAACUGCGAUUAAAACAAACGACGCAGAAAAAUCUGUUAAUCCUGCGAAAAUCUCCAGGAACGCUAAAAAGAGAAAAUUCCAAAACAAGCUGAAAGGGCUGGUUAAGAGCGGCAAGGCGACUGUUGAACAGGUUAAUAAGAUAAAGACUGAUUUAACACAGAGAAACAAACGGAAACAAGAGGACGCAAAAGCCAAGAAAACAACUGGCCUUACCGGAAGAGAAGCAGAUAAAGAAUCUAAACGUUCUAAUCGCAAAGUAAACAUAACGGAAAUGUUAAGUAACAUUGAAAAGCAGUAG